CGCAGGGUAGGAGGUCUCUCUUUCCCCGUUGCGGAGAGGGACGGAGGGUUGGUCCCUGCGAAAUUAACAACUUGCAACGCAAUGCUGUGAGCGGUGUUGUGUCUUAGUUCCAUCCCGAUAAUCUGCACAGCUUCAUCUGACACCAAUCAGUCAGUCAGUCUCUAAGUCUCUACGGUUUGGUGUCGCCUUGUGAGAUCGUUCGAUCUGGACCGAGGUUGUCGACAUGGUGGUGUGUAGAUGCCGCAAGGCAACGAAGGUGUACUGCUUUGUGCACAAGGCACCAGUAUGUGCGGAUUGUAUAUGCUUCCCCGAACAUCGGCUUUGCGUGGUCAAGACUUACUCAGACUGGGUUAUUGAUGGCGACUAUGAUUGGCCUCCUAGAUGCGGUGGAUGCCAGAAUGAAAUGAAGGAAGAAGAUACCACUACUUUACGUCUUGGGUGUUUACAUAAUUUUCAUACCAACUGCCUUCAAGUACAUUUGGAAAACUUUCCACCACAUACAGCCCCUGCUGGGUUUGUCUGCCCUUCGUGUCCUACAGCUGUUUGGCCCCCAAACAAGUAUUUCAAGGAAUCUGGUUCCGCUCUAUACAAUAGUCUCAGGGAAUUCAUUACUCAGGUUAGUGUGGCAAAAGUGCUUCUUGGAGCCGAUGCAGCUUUUCAGUCAAGAGAAACUCCUCCGGCAUUUUCCACACCCCCUCUUGCUGAAAUUUCAACAUCUGCUGGUGUAUCAUCUGAGAGUGAUGGAGUAGCUGCAACUGUCGAUGCUGGUUCUGCUACUGUUUCUGACAAUUUGGAAAGCAAUCCUGAUAACAGUGAAGGUCCGCUGCCCAUAGGGGUGAAUGUGGCCCAAGACGUAGCUCCAAGAACCAAGACCAAUGGCUCAACUUUUGGAUCAACAAAUAUCAAUAUAAUUUCACCUGAAUCUCGGUUUUCCAAGGCCUCUUCAGCAAAUCAAUCACAACCAGGAGCCACAACACGUAAGCAUGCUAUGCGUAUAGAUAGAUCGCAGUCUGGAAAUUAUGUGGAACAUGAUGACAAGUAUUCCAAAAGAGGUCCUGCUUAUAAAAACCUUUUGAAGUUUGUGCCAUUCUUUUCAAGUUCACUGCCGACUUUGCCUGUAUCUGUUGUUGAUGGGGAAGAAGUAAUGGAUGAUCGCCGCCGACGUCGUUAUCGCUCAUCCACAGUGGAUGUCAGAAAAUUGAUUCUUUUAUUUGCUAUUAUGUCAUGCAUGGCUACUGCGAUGCUGCUUUACUACCGGCUCUCUCAGAGCGCAGGCUUUACAGAGGAUGCAGAUUCGGAUGAACAGUGACAUUCGACUUUGGUCUGAUUCCGGAUCUGAGUCCAUCGACUGAUAAUUAUUGACGAGUACUUAGCAUAGGCAGGUGGCUGUCGCACAGUUCAUUUGGAUGUCCUGAAGCUCACUAUAAUAUAAAACCAUUUGAUUCUACGUA